CUCUGCUAGUGCUGUGUAGGGUUGGCUGGUUCAGUUAGAACGUCAAAGUGGGCUUGUGCAAGUGUCAGUGUGUCUGUACUCGCAUUGGAGGGCGCAUGUUAUCUGAGGCCCACAGGGGAAGCCUCCAGAUUUCAGCCAGCUGCCCUGCUAUAAACAUUUCAGAGUGGAGGAAGAAGACUAUGGAGGGGGGAACACGCAAAUCUCCAUUCAAACUACCUUCGAAUAUCAACUCUUAGGCUUUCUUAAAGGAACGAGAAGAGGCCAGAGAGGGGUGGACCUUGCCGUGGAGGAUAACAAGCACCUUUCCAAGUGUUGUUCGCGCUUCAUUUCCUCUCGGCUUGGGAGUAGAGGGCAUGCUGCACCAGAGGGGGGGUUCUCAAACAAACUAUCUGACCCUGGUGGUUAACUAAAAUCAGGCUCUGUGAGGCUUGCUGGAGGAGGGAGGGAACAGCAGUUAGCGUGAGGCCACCGUAGGGCUGCUGCACUGCUAACACACAGCAGCAGCAGGGAAAAAGGGAAGAGAUGGCCACAGGAGAAAUCACCACUCUACCUGCCACACCUGACGAUGGAGGCAGUGGCGGCUUCCCUCCAGGAAACUUUAAGGAGCCCAAGAGGCUGUACUGUAAAAACGGGGGCUACUUCUUGAGGAUAAACUCUAAUGGAAGCGUGGACGGGAUCCGAGAGAAGAACGACCCCCACAUCAAGCUUCAACUCCAGGCGACCUCAGUGGGGGAGGUAGUGAUCAAGGGGGUCUCAGCCAACCGUUAUCUGGCCAUGAAUGGAGAUGGAAGACUGUUUGGAACGAGACGGACAACAGAUGAAUGCUACUUCAUGGAGAGGUUGGAGAGUAACAACUACAACACCUACCGCUCUCGGAAGUACCCUGACAUGUAUGUGGCGUUGAAAAGGACUGGCCAGUACAAGUCAGGAUCCAAAACUGGACCGGGCCAAAAAGCCAUUCUCUUUCUCCCCAUGUCAGCCAGACGCUGAGCUGAGCUCACCUUGUCUUACUCAUCUUAAAACUCAGCGAGAUAUGAAAAAGACAGAGCUCACUCAUCCUCAGUGACAUCAUCCCUGUAGUUGGGUUCUUCAACGGCAGGCAUUUCAAUCAAUGGUGAAGGUGCAUAAAGUUGGUGGCCCCCAUGUAUUUUUACAUUAUUUUUUGCUGGCCCUCCGUGUACUUACAAACACCUAAUAUGCUAAAUUCGCCGUAUUGUACAGUGCUCUCCAUUUACUAUUUUUUUUAUAUCGGCAUUAGUACAGUAUACAUGAUACUAAUUCUAGCUCCAAGAAGGCGGCAAUUUGAAAAAACUAAAAAGUAGAUUGUGCUGAUUUAUUGGUGCAUUGAACCAUGUCACGCACUGUAGUUUAAAAACUCUGGAUAGUGCUCAAAGAAUGUCAUAUCUGAAUUCCUCCAUCUUUAUGCACCUUCGCCAUUCAGCUAUAUAAAUGUGAGUUUAACUAAGGCUGCUUCAAAUAUUGUAUUGUACUUUGAUAAUUUGCUUAUUUUUCUUCAUUUACCAAUUUUGAAAUACAUAAUUUUAGACAAAAGUGAAAUGCCACUUAGUAGUUCUGGGCUUUAAAAAGUAAAGUUUUACUGCACGGCAGUAAAGGUCAGCUUUUAUGCCCAGAACUUUACUUGAUAAAACCUUCAAAUAGAACAUUGGGUUGGCAAAGCUAAAUCGAGCACACCAUUACACUAAACUCAUUGCAAGACAAACAGUAGACCUAGUACAUAUUUUACCUCUCUAUCUUAAAAUAUAAAUGAGUUGUUUGAUUUUAGAACUUAGUGGCCCUGAGGUUCUUCCCAAACAGAGUUGCCAAUUUCUUCAAAUUGUGUAUUUUUAUUAGAUUUUUUACAGACGAGGAACAUCUUGUGAUUUGUGCAAAAUGUCCUUUACAGUGGUCAUCAUCGGUACCAUUUGCUACACCCUCCUUCCCUAGUAACAGUUUAUAAAAACAUAUUCCAGUCUGCCAUAAAUAUACACUUCCUAGUAUUAUGGUAGAACACCAGCCACACACUAAUAUGACAAGCACUGACGUGCUAGUGCAAUUAGUAUCGUUGUGCUAAGUAAGGCCGGACCCUGUCCUCAGGCCUUGUGUUUUAGCACCUGCGGCAGCUCCCUGUGGUACAGCUGGUAGAACCUCCCUGAGUAGACAGCUGGCAGCUCCUCCAUAGCCAGAUCAAUCUUGUCAAAGCCCUGGUUUAGGCCGUGAAGCAGGAGGCUGGCUAGGCGGCUAGUGAUGGGUGUUGUGGCGUGUGUCUUGGCCAGCUCGGUUAGCUCCAGCCACUCGCAGCGCAGGCACUCCUGGGUGCAGAAGUUGAUGUCAUGAGUGAGAGGGCUGAGGCGGCAGAUGAUGUACAUGUCGGACAUACCAAAAGCACCCGGGUGGUUGUGCUGCUGCCGGAUGCUCAGAAGGGACUUGAACUCAGAGCGGACUCCAGUCUCCUCAAAGACCUCUCGGACCGCAGUGGUGCCUUGAAGAGAAUGAAGGAAAGGGGAAAAAAAGAUGAGAAUACAUGGAUUUUAUGUUUGUACUGUUCUUUAAAAAAUCUUUGUCAAGAAAACUCCAGUACUGUAUAUCUAUCUGACUGUAUGAUAAUGCUCACAGAAUAACUGACCUUUCAUUAUCAACAUUUUUUGUACGAUACGCAUGCAAGUACAAAAAUGGAACAUUAAGUCAUGAAAAUGAAAUGGUUAAAAAAAUCUAUUUUAUGUAUUUUAGUCACAUACGCUGCUUCAGAGGGUGGGUCUAUGUAUCAAAGCUGCUUCAAAAAGUUAAACAAGUUGAACUUGUAACUAGUAAAAGUUUUAUUUGACGUCGUUGUUUUAAGUAAAAUUGUUUAGAUACUGUUAUACUUGAGUGUAGCUCACAUGAAGGUCUGAGAUGCCUGUUUCUCUGUGUAUGGUAUACCUUAAUGUAUUGUGUACAGUCAGUUACUAUACAGGAUUAUGAAGUUGUGGUUGCAUCACUCACCAACGUUUUCUCCUGGAUCGGAGAGCCCUCCAGGGAACUUCCAUGCAUUUACUGUCUGAAAUAAAGUCACAACAAUACAUUUUGUAUUAGGACUCAAAUUUGGGCUGCAUUCAAGUAUUUUAUUUGUGAAAGUGUCCUUCAGCAUUAAUAAGUAUUUUACAACUGUAUGUGCAUAGGGCCAAAUCCAAACUUAAAUCCACACUUUCGUAAAAUGUGUGCAUUGAUGUUAUAAGUUAGGCACUCAGAUCUUCCCUAUGAGUUUAAUAUUCAUUUUGAUGUGAUUGUAUGCUAUUCUUGAAAAAAAUAGAAGCAAUUAAGUUUGGUGUUUUCACCACUCUUUAAAUAUAUUUAAAGACAGAUCGCUGCUGGUUAAAUUAUGUAGUUAUUGAAUACAUUUAUUGUAGUUUUUGAUACAUUUUUUAUUCAAAAUAUACUUUUGCUAUUGAAAAACAAUUGUUUUAUUUUUGGAGCUACUUGUUUUACAACAAUGUAGGAAAAUGUAAGAAUAAACUUAUCAUUUAACAAUA